CUGUGGUGAAGGGGACUAACUCCAGUCUUUAAGCUUGCAUGGCAAACACCUCACCGGCUGAGGUCUCCUCAGCCCCUAAAACCUACUUUAAUUGGAUUGAUAGGUUCCGUUUCUGACCAAACUAGAAGAAGCCCACUAAGGUCUAUGUCCCACUUUUUAUUGCUAAAACAUCUGGCGAAAUGUAACAGCAAAGAAGUCAAUGGCAGCCGUGGAUUGGACAGGGAACCCCAACGUUGAAGAGAGGCCAGUGCAUGGUGUGAGUUUGUCAAAGAUGAAAGGGAUUUUAUCAACUGUGGAUACUUGUGAGAGCUCCUUCACACCUCUAGUGGUCAUAGAGCUCGCCCAGGAUGUCAAAGAAGAAACCAAAGAAUGGCUCAAAAGCAGAAUCAUUUCCCCAAAGAAAGAUGGAGGUGCCCAGCUGUUGUUUAGACCACUGCUAAAUAAGUAUGAGAAAGAAACUCUAGAAAACCAGAAUUUAUACCUUGUUGGUGCCUCGAACAUCCGACUGUUGCUGGGGGCAGAAGCAGUAGGCCUGGUGAAGGAAUGUACAGAUGGCGCCAUGCGGGCCUUCACCUACAGAACCCGCCACAACUUUAAAGGUUUCCACGGUAACAAUGAUGACUUCCUCACCAUGGCUGAGUGUCAGUUCAUUAUCAAACACGAACUUGAGAAUCUUAGAGCCAGAGACGAGAAGAUGAUCCCCGGCUACCCGCAGGCCAAAUUGUACCCCGGGAAGUCACUGAUGAGGAGAUUGCUCACAUCUGGCAUCGUGACCCAGGUGUUUCCACUGCAUGACACGGAGGCCCUGAAGAAGCUUGAGGACACCUGGUACACUCGGUUUGCUCUGAAGUAUCAGCCCAUAGAUAGCAUUCGUGGCUACUUCGGGGAGACAAUCGCCCUGUACUUUGGGUUCCUGGAGUACUUUACCUUUGCCUUAAUUCCCAUGGCCGUCAUUGGGCUGCCCUACUACCUGUUCGUGUGGGAAGACUACGACAAGUAUGUCAUCUUUGCCUCGUUCAACCUCAUCUGGUCCACAGUGAUCCUGGAGGUGUGGAAGCGUGGCUGUGCCAACAUGACCUAUCGCUGGGGGACACUGGUCAUGAAGAGGCAGUUUGAGGAACCCCGGCCAGGGUUUCAUGGAGUCCUUGGCAUCAAUUCAGUCACUGGCAGGGAGGAGCCCGUCUACUCCAGCUACAAGAGGCAACUGCGUACCUACCUGGUCUCUCUGCCAUUUGUGUGCCUCUGCCUCUACUUCUCCCUCUAUGUCAUGAUGAUCUACUUUGACAUGGAGGACUGGGCCUUGAGUCUCCAUGAGGACAGUGGGUCUGAGUGGACCAGCCUCCUGCUGUACGUGCCCAGUAUUGUUUAUGCCAUUGUGAUCGAGAUCAUGAACCGUCUCUAUCGAUAUGCUGCUGAGUUCCUAACGUCUUGGGAGAAUCACAGACUGGAAUCUGCCUACCAGAAUCAUCUUGUUCUGAAAGUGUUGGUGUUCAACUUUCUGAAUUGCUUCGCCUCGCUCUUCUACAUUGCUUUUGUCCUGAAGGACAUGAAGCUUCUGCGCCAGAGCUUGGCCACACUCCUGAUCACCUCCCAGAUCCUGAACCAAGUUGUAGAAUCUCUCCUUCCUUACUGGCUCCAGCGGAAGUACUGUGCGCGGGUGAAGAGGAAAGUGCGGGCAUUGAAGUCGGAUGUUGACACGACCUUGUAUGAGCAAGUCCUCCUGGAGAAGGAAAUGGGCACUUACCUGGGGACCUUUGAUGAUUACUUGGAGUUGUUCCUGCAAUUUGGCUACGUGAGCCUUUUCUCUUGCGUUUACCCGUUAGCAGCUGCUUUUGCUGUGUUAAACAACUUCACGGAAGUCAACUCAGAUGCCUUGAAAAUGUGUAGGGUCUUCAAACGACCGUUCUCAGAGCCUUCGGCCAGUAUUGGCGUGUGGCAGUUGGCUUUUGAAACAAUGAGUGUUAUAUCUGUGGUCACUAACUGUGCUCUGAUCGGAAUGUCACCACAAGUGAAUGCAGUCUUUCCAGAAUCCAAAACAGACCUUGUUCUGAUCGUGGUGGCUGUGGAGCACGCACUCUUGGCUUUGAAGUUCAUACUUGCCUUUGCCAUCCCUGAUAAACCACGCCACAUCCAGAUGAAACUGGCCAGGCUGGAAUUCGAGUCUUUGGAGGCACUCAAGCAGCAGACACUCUAGGUCAGAGUUGCUAAAGAGAAACUGGAGAGCUGGUAACCUUGGGAUGCCCUUCAGCUAGGACCACCCAACUCAAUUAGGAAUCUCCAGCAAGGGACCAGCCACAGAGGGAGGCAAAAGUCACAAAGGGGUAAUCUUGACUCAGCUAACUGGGCCACUAGGCUCCACUGUUCAUAGCCCUCCUCUAGGGCAAGCUCAGGUAAGACAACCUGUGUUCCUUGACCAUCCCCCUACCCUGCCACAGCAGAGCAACAUGGCCCUGAUACCCCAGACACCACCAGAAUCUUAGGACUAUCCUGACCCAGGCAGGCUUCAGGAGAGCCAGCCUGGCAGAUUCUGAGCUGACCUUGGGCCUAAAAGAGUGGCACUGGGGAUACCUCCAUGGCUAUAGCAAUUACAAGGUUAAAUAGGGACAAUGGUCACUUGGGGUGUGGUCAUUCUGAGAAGAAAUUCCAUUUGCCUUGAGCUCCAUUCCAGAAGAGUCUCCUUCCAGGAGAGCCAUGGACUCCUGCGUGUCCUGUGACUGUUUGUCCUGUCAUCUGCACCAUGACAGCUGCAUAUACACAAGGAGCAGCUUGUACCUCACAGGACCCUCGGAAGCUACCCGGUUCUCUCCCUGCCUGAAAAGCAGGGUCUGCUUAGAUCCAACACUUCUGCAAAUCAAGUCUUCUAUUUCCUGUGUUACUUGUCAGUCAGGAGAUGAAUGUUUAUACCUGAAAGUUUCAUAGUUGUUCAGGGACAUCAGCUGCCAGGGUCGUGGUGAAUCUGGGCUGCAGUUUCCUUGAGUUUCCUUGACUGGGGCAGUUCCACCCCAGUAGCCACAGGCCUGAAGGGCUGUCUGUGACAGACGAGGGUCUCACCUUGGGGAAGGUGCACCAGAUGUUGGGACUUGUUUCCUAGUCUACUUGACUAAUUCAAACCAACUGCGCCAUUCUGCUGGGGACACAUAGCUGUGGGGCCCUGGGGCCAUCUACCCAGUGCCCCAGGCCCUUGCACAAAAAUAUGCCCUGCUCUGGCCAACUGGUCACCCCAUUCUACCUCCUCCUCCUCCAUUAAAAGCUACCCUGGCUCCAUGUAGAAUGUAGAAUAGGGCUAGACUCCACAGCCGUCCCUGAGUCACGUGAAGGAAAAUGGAGCUGGCUAUGAGGCACAGUAGGCUGAGAUGCAUUACACCUCAGAUCUGUCAGAGCAGAGAUGGGCUCCCUUCAUGGCCUCGGGAGGGGCCUUUCUGCCUGUGUGACCCGUGGGCCCUGAGGGCAUAGCCUGGUACGUGCAGCCUGGUCCUGUUUGCUUUUCAUAGGUGAACAGCCAUUGUUGCAAACCUCUGCUCUAAGUCUCAUUCCAGACUAUGUAUUCAGAGGGAGCCAUGCUCUCUGGUGGCACUGGAAGACAUGGCUGCGAUCUGCAGUACUGGGGGAGGGAGGAACACUUGAAUCUUCUCCAACUCUUCUCAGCUGGGUCCCACGGCGUUCCCCUGGGAGGAUACGGGCUCUACGGAGGGUGGCACAAUGCCUCUGGGGCAGCAAUUGAGGAAGGCAGCAGACACAUCUCUGCACAGCUGGGGUGCCUAGGUUCACAAGGCCAAAUUUUCCAGUCACUCGUCUCCUGGGGCAUCAUAAAGACUUGGUCUUACUUUGGUGCCCUGACUUUGCUGGGGUCCUGCCCUCCUACUCCAUCCAGGGAAAAGCCAGAGGCUCGUCAGGCCCCAGUGUUCUGGGUUCACAGCAGCAUCUCUACCUGUAAUAAUCAUUCUCUCCAAGCAGGUAAGGAACCCAGGAAGGAAGCUUUGGGCAGUGGCCUAGGGAAUCUCCUUCCUGGGGUCCCGUCCUCUGCCCAGUGUCUGCAGAACAGUGCCUCUGCUGAGCCAGUACCAGCGCAGAUUCUCGGGGUUCACC